AUGUUAACAGUUGACGGUGGAUGGACUGACUUUGGAGAGUGGUCGGUCUGUUCUGCUGAUUGUGGAGGAGGUUCUCAAAGCAGGAGUAAGACCUGUACAAACCCAAGUCCAGCGAACGGAGGACAAGAGUGCGAGGGGGAAGAUGAGGAGUCGAGGACUUGCAACCCUGAACUCUGUCCAGUUGACGGUGGAUGGAGUGACUUUGGAGAGUGGUCGGUCUGUUCUGCUGAUUGUGGAGGAGGUUCUCAAAGCAGGAGUAAGACCUGUACAAACCCAAGUCCAGCGAACGGAGGACAAGAAUGCGAGGGGGAAAAUGAGGAGACGAGGACUUGCAACCCUGAACCCUGCCAUGGGUUCAGUCUGGUAGAUGAAAAUGGUGAAGCCGUCGGCGCUGGAGUUCUAGGGUUAUUGCUUAGCAAUGGAGGAACAGUUUGUGACGAUGAUUUCACUGAUAACUCAGCUGAUGCUAUUUGUAAAGAAAUGGGAUACUUCGGUCAAAUGAGCUGGUCAUUCGGUUCCAAGUGGGCCAUUCAAGCGGGGUUCGAAAUAACUCUCGACAACGUUGUCUGUAGCAGUGGUGAUUGGAGCUCAUGCUCGUUUGCAUUCGUUGACGAUUGUACUCACGGAGAAGAUGUGUUUCUACAAUGUGAAGGAGUUGUUGCCGGUGGAUACACAGACCCAGAUUGGUCUGAAUGUUCAGCUUUUUGUGGAGAAGGUGAACAAAGCAGAACAAGGACUUGCACUAACCCUGCUCCGGCUAACGGUGGUGCAGAUUGUGUUGGGGAAGCGGUUCAGACUCAACCUUGCAAACUCAAUGAAUGUCCAGAGUUAAGUCUGGUAGAUGAACAUGGUGAAGCCGUCGGUGCUGGAGUUCUAGGGUUGCUGCUCAGCAAUGGAGGAACAGUUUGUGACGAUGAUUUCACUGAUAACUCAGCUGAUGCUAUUUGUAAAGAAAUGGGAUACUUCGGUCAAAUGAGCUGGUCAUUCGGUUCCAAGUGGGCCAUUCAAGCGGGGUUCGAAAUAACUCUCGACAACGUUGUCUGUAGCAGUGGUGAUUGGAGCUCAUGCUCGUUUGCAUUCGUUGACGAUUGUACUCACGGAGAAGAUGUGUUUCUACAAUGUGAAGGAGUUGUUGCCGGUGGAUACACAGACCCAGAUUGGUCUGAAUGUUCAGCUUUUUGUGGAGAAGGUGAACAAAGCAGAACAAGGACUUGCACUAACCCUGCUCCGGCUAACGGUGGUGCAGAUUGUGUUGGGGAAGCGGUUCAGACUCAACCUUGCAAACUCAAUGAAUGUCCAGAGUUAAGUCUGGUAGAUGAACAUGGUGAAGCCGUCGGUGCUGGAGUUCUAGGGUUGCUGCUCAGCAAUGGAGGAACAGUUUGUGACGAUGAUUUCACUGAUAACUCAGCUGAUGCUAUUUGUAAAGAAAUGGGAUACUUCGGUCAAAUGAGCUGGUCAUUCGGUUCCAAGUGGGCCAUUCAAGCGGGGUUCGAAAUAACUCUCGACAACGUUGUCUGUAGCAGUGGUGAUUGGAGCUCAUGCUCGUUUGCAUUCGUUGACGAUUGUACUCACGGAGAAGAUGUGUUUCUACAAUGUGAAGGAGUUGUUGCCGGUGGAUACACAGACCCAGAUUGGUCUGAAUGUUCAGCGUUUUGUGGAGAAGGUGAACAAAGCAGAACAAGGACUUGCACUAACCCUGCUCCAGCUAACGGUGGUGCAGAUUGUGUUGGUGAAGCGGUUCAGACUCAACCUUGCAAACUCAAUGAAUGUCCAGAGUUAAGUCUGGUAGAUGAAAAUGGUGAAGCCGUCGGUGCUGGAGUUCUAGGAUUGCUGCUCAGCAAUGGAGGAACAGUUUGUGACGAUGAUUUCACUGAUAACUCAGCUGAUGCUAUUUGUAAAGAAAUGGGAUACUUCGGUCAAAUGAGCUGGUCAUUCGGUUCCAAGUGGGCCAUUCAAGCGGGGUUCGAAAUAACUCUCGACAACGUUGUCUGUAGCAGUGGUGAUUGGAGCUCAUGCUCGUUUGCAUUCGCUGACGAUUGUACUCACGGAGAAGAUGUGUUUCUACAAUGUGAAGGAGUUGGUGAGUCUGUUUUAGUUUCUUGA